GUGAACUACGUCGUACUCGUGGAGCUAUAUAACUGCGCAAGAUGCAAAAACUGAACGAUGAUACCUUGCUACACGUCUCCAGCCUUCUUCCGGCCGCGUCUAUCCUGUCCCUCCGAAAGACCUGUACGCGUUUAGAUACUAUCUCAAGGCAGCACACAGUCUGGCAAACGGCUUGCGUCGAUCAGGUGCUACAGAAUCGCUAUCCCUUCUCGCAUCGCGAUGCGGCCACGGCAGACGCGAACGCACUGGAGCAGCUCGUCUUGCGCUCCCUCCGCAUUGGCGAAUUCUGGCUGUCUCCCUCUGCGAAGCCUCACUGUGCCCUGGAGUAUCAAGCGAGCUCUGGGACGGGUGUCUCAGACGUCCGCUUCUUGCCUGGAUACGGUGGCCGUUACAUCGCUACGGUCUCCAAAGGCAUCUGGUCGAUGAUAUCCUGCUGGGACGUCGGUGACCCCUCUGCGGCACAGAACGAGACGCAGCCGCGCAAGGUGGCGGAUUGGUGCCCGAAGGGCGCGAUCUUCUCUGGCUUUGUCGUGAACACGGACCCAGAUUCUGACGCUGUGCUCGCUACGGCCAUGCAAAUCGGAAGCGGGCAGAGGAGCAUCGAGAUCCUCACCAUCACUGGCCGCGAAUCUGGAAGCCCAUCGCUCGUGUCCAUCUGCAAUAUCGCGACCUCGUUCAGGCCCAUCGCGCUGAAGGGCGACUUGAUCGCAUUCAGCGACGACGCAUGUGAGACGAUUGUCAUGAACUGGCGAGAAAACACGUUUGCGCUGCUCAAAGGCUCGCGGCAGCUCCUGAACGAGAAUUUCCAGUACAAUAGAUGCCUUCAAGUCGUCUUCGCACAUCACAGUGUCCUUGUUGUACGCGCACGCUGUGUGGAGCUCUUUCCGGAGCCUACAUUGCGCUUGGCCGAAGACUCGUUCACGACGUACGAGCCUAUCGGGUUCCAUACCUUUGGCUGGAUUGACGGCGUAUCCGUCAACCGCCAAUGCGACCCGCUGAAUGGGACCGACGUAUCGCUCGAAGAUGUGCCCCUUUCAAUACUCUUACGCACUGAGAGUGACAACCCUUGGGCGUCCGGUGUACACACGCUGGAGCAAUUCCUUCUCUUUCCCAAUCCCGCAUUCGCCGAGCUCAUGGACGCUCCCCCUUCUGAUGCGUCGACAGACACACUUGGGCCAUCCACCACUCCCUCGGUCUCUACGCCUCCCCCCAUUGCUCCAUACAUCUUCCCACCCGUGCGCGCGGAGCACACGUUGCCCGCAGUGCGCGGCUUCCUGCGUUGCACGGACAUCAUCCUCGGCCCAUGCGGGACUGCCCUCUGGAUCCAGCCCCGUGCCGCACGCACGGCACAUCUCACCGGUCUCGACGUGCACUCCUCCGAUGCGCAGGUUGUCGACGCGUUGAACCCGGACCAUCUCCAUCCAGACGACGCCUCGCUGGACCGCGCGAAGACGGCAGAGGCGCUAUGCGGAGCGGUGUUCGCGGGCCCGCUCCAGAGGCGCCAUCCAGAACUGCAGCCGCGCGCGAGGAGGCUUUGGGUGCAGCAGAGGGACAACUGUAAUUGGACGUCGUUGGACUACGAUGAGGAACGAGGACGCGUCGCGCUAGGGUCGAGCGAUGGGAUGGUCACUCUUCUGGACUUUGCGUAGUCGAAUUAGCGUAUGAACCCAACAAAUGUAGCUGUUAAGGCUCUUCGAGCUGACGUUUAGAAUCGCAUUCCGCGGAUUGUCCGCGGAGCUUAAC